AUGCCGGAGUUUCUGUAAACAUUCAGAUAAAACCAAAAACACUAACAAAAACAAAAUGAUGGUAGGAGAACAUCAUCGAGCGAAUCCAACGGUUCAUGUGCCUCCAUGGCCCACCCAUGACGAACCAACGGCUGAGAUUUAUUCCUCUUAUUUCCCUGACGAUUGCAAUGCUGGCGUCGGAGAUUACUCUCCGUACUAUCUCCGUGAAGCACUUACGGCGCUUCAGCGUUAUCUUCCGUCUAACGAGUUAGAUGGCGAUUCCGACUCAGAUGUUCACGGCCGUGACUCGGAGUCUCCGGUGGAUGCGUACUCAUGCGAUCAUUUUCGCAUGUACGAGUUCAAGAUAAGGAGAUGUGCUCGCGGAAGAUCGCAUGACUGGACAGAGUGUCCGUACGCUCAUCCCGGAGAGAAAGCACGCCGUCGUGAUCCAAGGAAAUUUCAUUAUUCCGGUACAGCAUGUCCUGAUUUUCGCAAAGGAAACUGUAAGAAAGGUGACGCGUGUGAGUACGCGCAUGGUGUUUUUGAGUGUUGGCUUCAUCCUGCGCGUUACCGUACUCAGCCAUGCAAAGACGGAACUAGUUGCCGCCGGCGUGUUUGUUUUUUUGCUCACACACCGGAGCAGAUCCGUCUCAAUGUUCAACAGAGUACUCCGCGAAGCCUUAACUCACCGGAUUCUUAUGACGGUUCUCCACUAAGACAAACAGCUUUGCCGUUUAUGUCUUCUCCGGUUUCAAUUUCUCCACCGGAGUUAGAGUCACCGCCCAUAUCUCCGAUGAGUAAAUCUUUAGGUUCAAGUUCAGUUAACGAGAUGGUUGCUUCCUUAAGAAAUUUACAGCUCGGGAAGUUAAAAUCUAUGCCAGUUAAUAGAAACCUUACAUUUGGGUCAGGUUUCGGGUCACCAAGAGGUUCCGUCCUUCGACCCGGGUUUUGUAGUCUGCCUAAUACUCCUACACAAAAACCCGGAUCGGGUCCGGGUCGGAUUGGUGUUGGGUAUUUUGAUAUUUGGGAACAGAGUUGUGAGGAAGAGCCAAUAAUGGAAAGAGUUGAAUCUGGAAGAGACAUAAGGGCUAAAAUGUUUGAGAAAUUAAGCAAAGAAAAUUCAAUGGAGAAUCCGGAUUCGGAUCCGGGUUUGGGUCAAUCAGGUGGCGCUCCGGAUGUUGGGUGGGUUUCUGAACUGCUGAAAUGAAUGGAAUGUUUAUUUUUGGAGGUUAUUGGUUCUGAUUAAUUGUUGGUUAAAAGCGACGUCGUUUUGGGGUUGUUUUGUUGAUUUUUGUUUGUCCCUUUGUGAAUCUUUGUAAAUAUUUUUAUUGCAAGGUAUGAGUGAUAAAGGUUUAAGGGUAGUGUCUGAUUAUCACUAAGUCAUUCAGAACUCUUUUUUGUAUAGUAAUCUAAUCAUUAUUAUUGUUAUUAUCUUGAA